AUGAACUCCGUCGCGGCAAAGCGACUCUUCUCAGAGUACAAGUCACUCAGCACCGACCCACCAGAAGGCAUCACCGCAGGACCAGUCAAUGAAGAUGACCUCUUCGUGUGGGAGGCGCUGAUUCAAGGACCAGAGGGCACACCUUUCGAAGGUGGCAUAUUUCCAGCAGAACUAAAGUUCCCGCGUGAUUAUCCUCUCAUGCCGCCUGUCAUGAAGUUCACAUGCGACAUCUGGCACCCCAACGUAUACCCAAAUGGCACAGUGUGCAUAUCCAUCUUACAUCCUCCCGGUGACGAUCCCAACCACUACGAGCAGGCCAGCGAACGAUGGAGUCCAAUUCAGAGCGUCGAGAAGAUCUUGAUCAGUGUCAUGAGCAUGAUUGCUGAGCCGAACGACGAGAGUCCAGCGAAUGUGGAUGCGGCACGACAGUGGAGAGAGCGGAGGAAGGAAUACGAGGCAAGAGUCAAGGCAGACGUCAGAAGGAGCUUGGGGCUAUGA